AUGACCAUCAAAGUUCUCGUCGUUGGUGCUACCGGAGCUACCGGAAAGCAUGUAGUUCAAAUGAUGUUGGAUGCCGGACACGAAGUCGUUGCCAUUGCACGAUCCAAAGAGUCUAUGCUGCAAAAGCUAAAGGACGACAAAGCGUCUCAUGAUAAGUUGGAAAUUCGUGAAGCAAGCAUCAUGGAGAUGAAACAAGAGGAACUGGUGGAAGUGACCAAGGAUUGCAACUUUGUAGUCUCCUGCCUUGGACACAACAUGAGCUUCAAAGGAAUGUAUCUUCAAGACCGCAAACUCGUCACCGAAGCAGCCAAGAGACUGACCAAGGCUAUGCCGUCUUCGUGCAAGUUCAUUUUAAUGGGAUCAGAUGGAGUGGCUCAUCAUGGCGUUGACCCUCCCAGAAGCAACCUCGAGGGAUUCAUAAUUUUUAUGCUUCGAUACUUGGUUCCUCCUCAUGCCGACAACGAAGGUGUCGCAGCCUAUCUAUUGGGUGAUACCAGCUUUGAUUGGGUGACUGUUCGACCGACCAACUUGGUCAAUGAAGAAGAAGCAACUGGAAAGUACAACGUUACAGAAAAAGUGGAGGUCUCACUUUUUGGGGACCAAACAGUCUCAAGAAAUAAUGUCGCUCAUUUCAUGGUAGAAUUGAUGACGAAGAAGGAAACCUUUAGCAAAUACUUGCACAAGAUGCCAGUGGUUGUUGACAUUCCCGAAGACAAGCCCUCAACGAAGUAA